AUUUUGGGUGGAGUAAAUCCUCUCGCAUUGCCUUUUCCUCUCUGAUAUUCCUCCAUCCGCCUCCCCCUCGUUCGAUGCGCUCUGCCAUUGAUUAUCUUUGGAUCCUCAGUACUGGCGAGAGCGGUGGUAAACAUGGCGUCGGAAGGGAUGAUUUUAACCAACCACGACCACCAAAUACGAGUUGGAAUUCUAACGGUGAGUGACAGCUGCUUCAGGAACCUGGCUGAGGACCGCAGUGGAGUAAACCUCAAAGAUCUGGUCCACGACCCAUCACUGCUUGGAGGCGUCAUAUCUUCCUACAAAAUAGUCCCAGAUGAGAUUGAUGAGAUUAAGGAGACAUUGGUGGACUGGUGUGAUGAGAAGGAGCUGAACCUGAUUCUGACCACCGGAGGAACAGGGUUCGCCCCCCGUGAUGUCACGCCCGAGGUACAUGGGGACCCCAAAGUUUGUGUUUGUGUCCAUGCCACCAAAGAGGUGAUAGAGCGCGAGGCUCCAGGGAUGGCCCUGGCUAUGCUGAUGGGCUCCCUUCAGGUCACACCUCUGGGCAUGCUCUCCAGGCCUGUCUGUGGAAUCAGAGGCAAAACCCUCAUCAUCAACCUACCUGGCAGCAAGAAGGGCUCACAGGAGUGUUUCCAGUUCAUCCUUCCAGCUCUGCCCCACGCCAUUGACCUGCUGAGGGAUGCGGUUGUGAAGGUGAAGGACGUCCAUGAGGCUCUGGAGGACCUGCCCUCACCCCCACCGCCCCUCUCCCCACCCCUCACCCUCAACAGCAUUGCCUGCACCCAGACAGAGGACAAGGGUGUGCAGUGUGAGGAUGAUGAUGAUGAUGAUGAGGAUGAUGAGAAGAUGAAGGACAGAUGCUUGGUGUCCACCGAGGACCACCACGCCCACCACCACCACCACAACACCCACUCCCACUCCCACGGACACAACUCACACAUCACCGCCGCCGCCAUCGCUGCCAAGAAGGGGAAGCCCCAGCACCAUAACCAUGCUGUUGUCAUGGCUAAAGGUAGCCACUAUCUACCUGGUCUGGUAUCUAACCUCCCCCCUGCCCCACCUCAUUACACCUGCUCCUGCUCUGGAGACCAGCCGGUAACGAUCCCAGACAGCAUAAUCUCUAGGGGUGUGCAGGUUCUUCCCAGAGACACAACUUCUCUGAGCACCACGCCCUCCGAGUCGCCACGCGCCCAGGCCACCUCGCGCCUCUCCACUGCCUCCUGCCCCACACCCAAAGCCCGGCUCCCCUCCUGCUCAUCCACUUAUAGUGUCUCAGAGGUUCAGUCACGGUGUGGCAGCAAAGAGAACAUCCUGAGAGCUAGUCACAGUGCAGUGGACAUCACCAAGGUGGCUCGCCGGCACCGCAUGUCUCCCUUCCCCCUCACCUCCAUGGAUAAGGCCUUCAUCACUGUACUGGAGAUGACCCCUGUGCUCGGCACCGAGAUCAUCAACUACAGAGAUGGGAUGGGUCGAGUCUUAGCUCAGGACGUCUAUGCCAAAGACAACCUGCCUCCGUUCCCUGCAUCAGUCAAAGAUGGUUACGCCGUGCGAGCGGCCGACGGUCCUGGAGAUCGCUUCAUCAUUGGGGAGUCACAGGCAGGACAGCAGCCGACCCACACAGUGAUGCCGGGCCAGGUGAUGAGGGUGACAACGGGGGCUCCUGUCCCCUGUGGGGCAGAUGCUGUAGUGCAGGUGGAGGACACAGAGCUGCUUCGAGAGUCUGACGACGGCACAGAAGAGCUGGAAGUGCGGAUCUUGGUACAGGCCCGCCCUGGACAGGACAUCAGGCCUAUAGGUCAUGAUAUAAAGCGUGGGGAAUGUGUCCUGUCUAAGGGUACCCACAUGGGCCCUUCUGAGAUUGGCCUGCUGGCCACCGUAGGAGUCACUGAGGUGGAGGUGCAGAAGUUCCCAGUGGUGGCUGUCAUGUCAACUGGCAACGAGCUGUUGAACCCAGAGGAUGACCUGCACCCAGGGAAGAUCAGGGACAGUAACAGAUCUACACUGCUGGCCACCAUUCAGGAACAUGGCUACCCUACCAUCAACUUGGGCAUCGUCGGAGACAACCCAGACGACCUCCUUAAUGCCCUGAACGAGGGGAUCAGCCGUGCUGACGUCAUCAUCACCUCAGGAGGUGUGUCCAUGGGAGAGAAGGACUAUCUGAAGCAGGUGCUUGACAUUGACCUCCACGCCCAGAUCCAUUUUGGACGCGUCUUUAUGAAGCCAGGUCUCCCCACCACGUUCGCCACUGUGGACAUUGACGGGGCACGGAAACUCAUAUUUGCCCUACCAGGUAACCCAGUGUCUGCGGUCGUCACCUGUAACCUCUUCGUAAUCCCUGCUCUAAGGAAGAUGCAGGGGAUCCUGGACCCUCGGCCCACCAUCAUCAAAGCCAGGCUUUCCUGUGAUGUAAAGUUGGACCCUCGUCCAGAGUACCACCGCUGCAUCCUGACAUGGCACCACCAGGAGCCUCUGCCAUGGGCACAGAGCACAGGAAAUCAGAUGAGUAGUCGACUUAUGAGCAUGAGGAGUGCCAACGGGCUGCUGAUGUUGCCUCCUAAAACAGAGCAAUACGUGGAGCUGCAUAAAGGAGAGGUUGUGGACGUGAUGGUCAUAGGACGACUAUGAUGAUGUCAUCUUACGGGGACAGAUAGAUAGACAGGGAGAGAAAGUGGUGCAUGUCCACAUAUCAUAACUAUUCUGUAAUAUGCAAUGGCACAGCUAGUUUUUGUUGAUUUGAAGUUCAUCAAGUAUAAUUAACCAACAUCUCGAACACAAAGUAAAUGAAGUACAUACAUUGAUCAUGAAAUCUGAAUUUGAAAAGAUCAUUGUAUUUCAUAGAAAGACAAUGUUAUACCUUUUAAAAGUGAAAAAAAAUAAGAGAUUUAUUCUGUAUUAUAUUAUUAUAAUUAUUAUUAUUAAUAUUAUAUUGUCAUAUUAAGCAACUCUGUUUCUCUUUCAUCCUUGCAAUUGCUUUGUGUGUUCAACCCUAGACCUUAUAGAUAGAUAGCAGUAGCAUUUCAAUAACAAGCUGUAGGUGCUCAAAAAAAAAUACAAAUAAAUUACUAUUUUCUUAUCUCACAAAAAAAUGACAGUAAAUACAUAUCUUCUUUUUGAACAACGGAAACCCUUUUGAGAUAAUGUCAGAAGUCCCUCUUGGGGAACGUCCUGAUUCUCCACCCUUCUCCUGAAGUGUACACUUGCACACUCCCCAUCAUUUUUAAAGGUAUUGGAUUGGUGAAGGUAGGCAUUGACUGGAGGGAGUUUCCACCAUGACUAGAUCCAUGCAGGAAUAGAGUGAAGAAUCAGGAUGUAGCCUUGGUGCUCUGUCUUAUUAGGAGUGUUUUCAGGGUCCCGAGGGUGCCUUUAGCUAUAUUUCCCCUUCCUUUAGUAUUCUUCUUCUCUUCUAUGCCUCAUUAUAUGGGCUUUAUAAUGCCUCAUAAUGGCUUCACACACAGCUUUGCUUGUUGUUUUUCUUGUGAGUCGUGUUUGUGUGCAGUUGCCAAAAGUGGUGGGUAUCUUGGGCCAAAAGUCAUAGGGUCAUCAUGAUGAGACCUGGGCCUGUAUUCAUAAAGUGGCUCGGAGUAGUGAUCUAGGACCAGGUCCCCCCGUCUAUAUAAUCUUAUUCAUUAUGAUAAACUGAUCCUAGAUCAGCACUCCUACUCCUUUAUGAUUACAGGCCUUGAAGGUGGAGAAAGGCUGCGAGUGGCCUGCCUGUGCCCCCUAGGCUGACUGUUUCCCCUAGCUGCCCCCCAGGCCCACUACUGUAGCUUCCCCUCCAGGCCCACAGGCUGCCCCCCAGGCACCCUAGCUGCCCCCUAGCUACCACCCAGGCCCACUAACUUCCUUCCAGACUGAUCGUUCCCCCUAGCUACCCCCCAGGCCCACUAGCUACCCCCCAGGCCCACUAACUUCCUUCCAGGCUGAUCGUUCCCCCUAGCUACCCCCCAGGCCCAC